GGAUCCCCUAGGACUGCCCUACGUGGGUCUCCAAAGGUUGCCCUUUCCCAUCAACACCUUGUUGGUCCCCUGGUACCCUCAAGAACCCCUCAUGCAGGGGAUUCAAAGCCUUUUUGAGGUUUGGUGCAGCAGGUAUCUGAGUGUGAGAAGCCCUCCCUUCAGCACCCAAGGAGCUGACACAGAGGUUUUUAGCCCGUCUCAUCCCAUUGCCCUUGCCUGAGCUCUGUAGCUCAGGUUUAUUACAAAUCCAGCUCCUCUCAGUGCUGCAGUAGGAGGAGCUGAGCCCGUUGUCAUCCAGGUAAGCGCAGAGCCCACCACCACGGAUUUGAAACCUGGAAGGACAGAGGAGAAAAUCCCCCUCAGACAGGCUCAGCAGGAAAAAGGAGAAAAGUCACACAUAGUCUUCCCCCCAUUUCAGUUCUCGGGCAUCCUUUUGGGCAUCAACAUGCCAAAAUAUCAAUAUAUAUUUCUUAUAUAGGAGUAGAAAUUAUUCAGCAUCAAUAUGCCAACACUGAUGCUGAUUUAUUUCUAUUUCUAAUAAGAAAUCCAAAGCUUUGCAAGAAAAAAAAGAACUUACAAUGUAACAUCUAAUCUCAGUAUUUUCUCACCAAAUACACCACUCCCAUAUCUUAGGUCAAGGAGAGAAACAAGAUGCAGUGUUGCCCUUCCCAAACAUCACUGUCCCAUUACUGCCUCUGGAUGCACCUCAAGUGCCAGAAGAAAUGCACAUUUCGUGGCUGGGGAAACACCAACCAACAACGUAACGAUGACAAACACAGACUCACAAGUGUGAUAGAAGUGAGUGGUUCAGCCAUUGCCAUGGCUGCUCCUCAUCUUUCCGCAAAAGGCCAAUCCAAUGCUCUGAAAUGCCUUUAUAUCUCAUCACAAAGCUCUAAAAAAGAGGAAAACAGGUUUUUACCUCCUUCUAACAAAAAAUCUCCAUUUUACCAGUUGUUUGUGCUCCUUUAGGGCUUCUUUGGGGCUUGAACCUUUCCAUCUGCUAACAAGAUGUGUCACCUAGCUACAGUUCUUGCAGCAGUUGGCUUUGGUGAGGAAUUUCAAGAGACCCAUGAUGACUAAGCCUCAAGAAAACCCUCUUCCCCAAGUUCCUGCCCCAGAUCUCUCAAAGAAACCACAAGGUGUCAAAUAUGUUGAUUUGGGUUUUUUUUCCUGAUGCUAAGCAUGUCCUCUUGUCUCCUUACCAAGUCUUCCAUGCUGUCCAGGAUGGCCAAGGAAGCACCAAGUGCUGAGCAGUUGUCCUGGCUGGAUGUCCAGUUCCCUGCAGCCUCCGAAAAAUAGUAGCAUUUUCCUCUAUAUCUGAUCCAGUUGAAGGGGCACUGAAAGUAGGGCUGGGGAUGAGGCUGAAAAGCCUGCACUGUCAUUAAAAAUAGAACAGUGUUAAGGAGCAGCACCUUUCCUUUGCGUCUCUCGAGUGGGGAGGUCAUCCUCCACCCAAUGGUCUCUGAAGGUCUUGCAUCUGCCUCAACUGUGAGUAAAAAGAAAAAUUAAGAUACCAAAAGAAAUCAUGGGAGAAAAUAAGCUCAAAUCAUGGCCCAGCUUGUGGUGUUGACCAAGAAACAUGAUUGCCUCCCCUUCAAAGAAAGAAACAGGGUGGUAGCCUUCAGAAAACUGCAGUUUUAAAAGGAAUUUCAAAAUAAUCCUAUCCCUAAUAUGCUCUUGGGUGUUUCUCUCUAUCAUUAAUGCAAAAGUAGUGAAAAUGACAGAAAAUAAAUUCUCCUGUUCCUGCAGACUUCUUAGCUUGUUGGGACUCAAGCCAACGUCUCUAGGCCCAUUCUUCUCUGAAAACAAUACUUUUGGGUGGUUGUAUGUAUGAAAUGGCUCUUCCUGUUGCUUUUCUAAGGAUUUCUGGAUGACAUCAGCUCCUGCACCAAGGGGAUGAGUUUGGUCUUCUGUAGAAAGGCUGCUCUGAAAUAGGACAGCAGGUUGGGUGGGCUCUGUCUUCCACAGGAGAAGUGGAGGUAGAUCUGUGCAACAUGUGCAACAACUCAAAAUAUCUCAGAGACAUUCCUCGUGAGACCUAAAACCAACCUGCAAAAGUGAUGGCUGUGACAAACAGAGCCGUGAAGAGCGCUGCCAGCAUCACCUGGCAGGCGACACGUGCCUCCGGCUUCAUGUCCAGGCUGUGACCUGCACGAGAACAGACCUUCAGUGCCUCUGUGAGAGUUUCCAGGGGAGCAACAUGCUCUAGGUCAUGCCCAGAUGAUGACAGAUGUUUUACACAACCAUCAAACCUAUAGGUGUUUCUACACCUCCAGGCAUGCCACCUACUCCAGAUGUGCCAUUUCCUUCUGGCUGGAGGACACCCGUUCCCUCACCGCCUUUCAUUUACAAGGGAAGGCUAUAGAAUAUAUAUAUAUUAAAAAGGAAAAAAAAAAAAAAAAAACAGAUAAAAGCCCUGGUCAAUAUCAUUUCCUGGAGCCGGAUGAAGGCAUGAGUACAUAGCUCAUAAGGCAAAAAGUUGUCCAAGGACACUGUCACUUUAGGGCUGGUCCUGUAACCUUCUGAGUCAUGGCUGGGGAAAUUGUUUAUGCUGAUUUAAGGCAUCUUGGAGAUGGUUCUUCUCCUGCUGAGAAACGUUAUGCUUCUGACUCCUGUCCAUGGUGGCACGGGCUCCUCCUCAAAGCUGGGGGGCUGGGGCAAUUCAUCCUGCUGGUCCUGGUGGUGGUACUGAGUGUGCAGGUUUUUCAGGGAUCUCCGCAGCCAGUGGUGAUGAGAGUUCCCCAGCCAGAUGAUGAGAUCCAGGGAAGGAACCAGAAGGAGCAAUACAUAUUUUCAUCCCUGGUGCGGUAUUUCUGCAAGCCCCAAGUGGAGAGCCCCACAGCCUAUGCUGGCUGCAAGCUGUGUCCCCAGGACUGGCAGCUACAUGGGGAAAGAUGCUACUGGCUUUCUGAGGAAUUGGGAAACUGGACUCAAGGCACAAAAAGCUGCAAAAAUCAAGACUCUCAGCUGGUGGUACUCCAGGAAAAGAAAGAAAGGGAGCACAUCAAGGUUAUUACAGGCAAAAGCCCACCACCGGUGUGGAUUGGAGUAAGGUCGCAUCAAAAGGAGUGGAGAUGGGUGGAUGACACACCCUUCAACCCCAAAAUGUUUGGCACCUCCCUGCAGGAGAUGGGUGAAGGGUGCGGGACACUAAAAGCCAAGGGCUUUGAGGUUCAUAGAUGUGAUGCCAAACACAAGUGGGUUUGCAAAAAAAACCCCUUCCAGCUCUACCCAAUAACAGCAGGAGGCGAGGAGAAACACAGUGCCUCCAUCUGACACAUGCCUACCCCAAAAUGCCCAUCCCAUGAGACGCUGGGGUGGAAUCAGCCCCAUUCUCAUCAUUAUGUCUUUGCAGGAGAUUUCAGGCUUUGCAAAUCCACUUCCCACAAGGAUCAAGAUCAGCUUGGGAGGCACAGAUGAGCCCCUGAAUGGGAAAUCAGAAAAGCCUGUGCCUCACGCACAGUGAUGAUAAUGGAUAGAUCUACAACAUCAAUAAAAGCUUAUCAAAGUGGUUUGCCUCAAUUUACUGAGAUAAUUCAGGUGAAAGCACAGGUGGCACAUCAUGGUUCAUAUAUAAACAUGGGAAACUUCAACUCAGAAAAGCUUCCCUGAGUGACAAAACUUACAUGUGUGCGUCUCUCCAGGCACUGCUGAGAGUGUCAGCACAUAGACUGAUGCAGACACCCGGGUUUUGCUCGAGUUUUGGGGAUUUGGAGGGUUGGGUUUGUGUUUUGCUUUUUUUGUUGUUGUUUUUUUGUUUGGGAUUAUUUGUUGCUAUUGUUUUGGAGUAGUU